CCAGCUGACGCGGCGAGGGAGCGUAUGAGAGAGAGAAGGAGGGGUGGCUGGGGGGAAGGGAAACAAACAAUCGGGGUGAUCAUCUCACGCCCAAGAAAAAACGUUAUCAGUUGGUCGUUGCAUCUAGAACGGCCUGACUUUACUUCCCUCCCCAACAUUCAAAAAAAAGCGCCCAGUAUCUUGGUUCUCCUCCCCUCCCUCCCGAAUCUAUGGCCUGACUUGGCCUGCAUUAUUCCCUGGGAGGGGUGGGGGGUGCAAAAACAAAACAAGACAAGGGAAACCGGGAAAGCGCUAAUAUCCUAG